AUGGUCAUCUCCCUGUCGCUUAAAGAAAAAAAAAUUGCUGAUAACUCACCUCGGAAACCAUUGGUCAGCGUUCAUAAGCAACAUUCAGGAAGGAAGAUGGCUAUCUACCCACCGGUCAAAAGAAGAACAAUUGCUGAUAACCCUCCUCCGAAUUCACUGGUCAACGUCCAUAAGCAUCAUUCAGAAAGAGGAUGGUCAUCUCCCUGUCGCUUAAAGAAAAAAAUUGCUGAUAACUCACCUCGGAAACCAUUGGUCAGCGUUCAUAAGCAACAUUCAGGAAGGAAGAUGGCUAUCUACCCACCGGUCAAAAGAAGAACAAUUGCUGAUAACCCUCCUCCGAAUUCACUGGUCAACGUCCAUAAGCAUCAUUCAGAAAGAGGAUGGAAGGAAGAUGGCUAUCUACCCACCGGUCAAAGAAGAACAAUUGCUGAUAACCCUCCUCCGAAUUCACUGGUCAACGUCCAUAAGCAUCAUUCAGAAAGAGGAUGGUCAUCUCCCUGUCGCUUAAAGAAAAAAAAAAUUGCUGAUAACUCACCUCGGAAACCAUUGGUCAGCGUUCAUAAGCAACAUUCAGGAAGGAAGAUGGCUAUCUACCCACCGGUCAAAAGAAGAACAAUUGCUGAUAACCCUCCUCCGAAUUCACUGGUCAACGUCCAUAAGCAUCAUUCAGAAAGAGGAUGGUCAUCUCACUGUCGCUUAAAGAAAAAAAUUGCUGAUAACUCACCUCGAAACCAUUGGUCAGCGUUCAUAAGCAACAUUCAGGAAGGAAGAUGGCUAUCUACCCACCGGUCAAAAGAAGAACAAUUGCUGAUAACCCUCCUCCGAAUUCACUGGUGA